AUGGAGCUCAAAAAACUGCAUUUUUUAGGACUUCUCUUGGGCCUUUUCUUUGCAUUGGAACCGUCGUAUAUUCAUCCUGAUGAGCAUUUCCAGGGGCUGAAUAUUGUGCUGUCGAAAAUUUCGUCGAUCAACAGCUAUAUUCCUUGGGAAUUCGAGCUGCAAAACGGUUCUAGAAGCUAUCUGCCGAUUUUCAUACAUUACGGUCCGGUUGUUGUGCUAAACAAAUAUGUGCUUCAUUUGAAAAGCGCUACUGGACUGUUGUAUCUGGCCAGAUUGCAGAAUUAUGCGGUUUUUGUGUUGGCGUCAAAACUAGCGCUGCAAUUUUUGGUGGUGGGUUCUAAGUUUGAACGCACCAAGGCAGAUUUCCUCAUAUCGACUUCUUACAUUUUUUGGACUUACCAGACACAUACUUUCUCAAACUCGACCGAGACUAUUAUCCUUCUCACUGUCACGUCUUUGUGGAAAGCGUUACUGCGGGACUCGCGGAACCCGAUUUUCCAGCAUUUCAAAACGUCUGCCCUCUUGGGUAUUCUCAUUUCAUUCGGUAUCUUCAAUCGCAUUACAUUUCCGGCUUUUUUAUUUCUUCCUGGUCUAUUAACACUGAAACGGUUCUACCUGCAUCAUCUGAGAUCUCUGCUCGUGUGUGCUUUCUUCUUUGUGCUGGCAAGUCUUUUCACCAUAGCGUUCGACACUUACAUGUAUGGAUCCGAAAACUGGUGUAUUACUCCGCUCAAUAAUCUACGCUAUAACACGGACGCAAAAAAUUUGGCACAGCAUGGACUGCACCCUAGAAUCACGCAUCUCUUGGUGAAUUUACCGCAGAUUAUGGGACCGAUGGUUUUUUUCAUCUUUAAAAUUGAUGCAGAUAUAUCGAGACUAGUCUGUUUCUCGGGGCUAGCGUUACUUUCCAUUUUCCAGCAUCAGGAACUACGGUUUUUGGUACCUCUUCUGCCCUUUCUGUGCAUUUCUGUUGACCUAUCCAGCAUUCGCAAAGUCGUGAGGCCUCGUAUACUCUUGAUCUUUUGGUUCAUAUUUAACAUCAUUAUGGGCAUUGUGAUGGGUAGUCUACACCAGCGCGGUGUGAUUGACGCGUUGCAAAGGUUGACUUCUCAAGAGACGCAAACUAACGUACAUGUUUGGUGGAAGACAUAUCCACCGCCAACGUGGAUGUACUUAAGCCCAAAUCUCACAGUGUCAGUGCCAAAUCAAUCAGAUGGCCAAGAACGAGUUGGUCUCAUUGAUUUCAGCGUACUACAAGAUCACGUCGUCGAUCUAAUGGGUUGUGACGUCGAGCUUCUGGCUUUGACCCUCAGCAACUUUUUCUUACAGGGCUCUGCCGCGAACAUAACUCUGAUUAGUCCCACGAGCAUGUCCGAAGACUUAUCUAUCCUGUGCAAAAAAUAUCCCACGCUUGAAAUCAAGCGGACAUGGCAUAGUCCUUGGAACUUGGACCUGGAUCAUCUAGAUUUUGGUCGCAGCUUAUUACCAAUCACCGGGAUCGAUAUACACCAGGUGUCAAAAAAGUCAAAUCAGUAA